GAAGAAGGAAACCCUCGGACGCUAGGAAGUAGUUUAUUUUUGUCGUUUUUCAAACAAACUACCGACAUGUUUACUUCAUUUGCUUGUGGCGCUGUGGUGUUUCCUGGACUCUUCUACGGCCUCAGGAAAAUACUCAAGUCAACUUUCACGCACUGGAGCGACGCCGAUGUCGUGACCGUCGGUGAAAGGCUUGUUUCUGCCAUCCACGGUUCACUGUCGACUGUAACUGGAAUCAUAACAGUGUCAUCAUGCAACAAUAUCAUGACUGACAGGCACUGGCUGGUGGAUGAGUUCAUGUUGUUUGCUGUUCCCUACAUGGCCACGGACAUCUACGCCAUGUACCUGAGCCACUUCCACAUUCAGAGGGUCAAAGGUUACAGCAGCCUGUACAGCAGCCACUCACUGCUGACAGCGAAGGCUUUCCUCUCCAAGGAUUGGUUGAUCGUCCUCCAUCACCUGGUGCUGAUUCUUGUGUGCUUCCCCAUUGCUAUGUUCUUCAGGAGAGGACUGGGUGAUUUCUUCCUUGGCUGCUUUUUCACCGCAGAAUUCAGCACACCAUUUGUGUCUCUUGCAAAGAUCCUCAUCCAGCUGGGCCUCGACAACACCAGGCUGCACCGGGUCAACGGCAUCUUCGUCCUCCUCACGUUCCUCAUGUGUCGGAUCCUGGUCUUCCCCUUCAUGUAUUGGAUGUACGGGCGAAAGUUCGGCAUUCCGCUGCACAAGGUACCUUUUCAUCUACCUUGGCACUGCAAUGCUGGGAACCUGCUCUUCCUGGCGCCGCAGAUCUACUGGUUCUUCCUACUGUUAAAGAAAGCCGUGCGAUUGUACGGAAGACAUGGGAAAGUGCAGUAACUCAACAGUUUUUUUUAACAUAGCCUUAUUGGACACACAACGCAGUCUCAAAAGAGACUUUGGUGCAUGAUUUCCUGAAGCUUAGCGUUUUCUUGAUUGCUUCGAGGUAGCAGUUAACAGUCAACGCACCAGGCCUAAACACACACAGGAACUUAUGGUCAAGAUGACAGUUAGUAUGCAAAAGGCUCUCACCCUGCCAUGUAAUUCAUCAUUACACAGUGGAUGAGAAAAAUAACAACACAGCACUCACUGUGAAUCAAUGCACCAUUGCUCGUCAUUUUAGCUUUAUUACGUACCUUUAAUACCAGGGCCAUUUCUUGUCUUUUUAAUACCCACCGACAUUACACAUUUAUCCCCACACAGCACACAUUUGAGCCUUACACACUUGGACAGAAUUGUUGGUACCCUCCAAUGGUCAGAGACAUAACUUGACUCUGGCAAAAGUAAUAAUAAAUACAAAUUAUAUGAAAUGUAACCAAAGAAAGUCAGACAUUGCUUGAAGAGAAUUAUGGUAAUGGUUUUAUUUCAGUUGAACAUGCAUCAGAUUACAAUUGAAUGCAUCACAUAAUCAGUUCCCAGUUCUACAUGUCCAAAAGGAGUAGGAAGAAGCAAAGCUUAUUAAAUCCUACCCCUCCAUCUGGUACUUUUACAAUCAGUAACUGUUAUAUUUGUUCACUUCCUGCUUUCCUAAUAUAGUUGUUUUUUUUUUUUAUCUAAAAAAAAAAAUAAAAAAAUUGUCCCGUACCGAAGUACAAGGUGAUAUGCCCAUACAAUGACCUAAUGUGUACCAUAGUAAGUGUCAAUAUAGUGAUAUAUAUAGCACAUCAUGACUGGUUCAAGACUCUUCAUCCUUGUAUUUAGCAAACAUCAACUGCUUGUAUUGUUUCUUGAAUUGGCUCAUCGUUGUGCAUUGUUUGAGGUCCUUACUCAGUCCAAUCCGUAGUUUGAUUCCACAUACUGAAUUGCUAUGGCUUUUUAACGUAGUCCUAGCAUAUAAGUGUUUCAUGGCCUACAAGGUAAUCACUGUGCUGUUUGGUGACACGGUGUGUAGCACACUCAGGAGAUUAGAAAGAAAAUGAUAGACAAUCAUGUUAAAGGUAAAGGUUGGAAGACUUUCUCCAAGUAGCUUGAUGUGUCAGAUCGCACCAUCCGUCGUCCUUUGACCAAAGCGGACUUAAUGGGAGUCAACAGAGGAGGACACUGGUUGAAAACAAAUCAUUAAAAAGCGUUAUGAAUGGGUUUAGUCCAGCCUCUCUAUGUAAUAACUCAUCUAAAAAUCCCUCCAAUAAAAGCGCUGUUUUUAGACAGCUAUUUCUAACAUGAUAUAUUUGUAAGAAUUGUUUGCAUCAUCAAUAGUGUAAAUAAAAAUGGA